UCAACCUCCAAUCCCAUCACACCCCUGCCUAACCUGCCAGUGGGGCCUGGAGACACCAUUUCCAUUGCCAGUAUCCAGAACUGGAUUGCCAAUGUAGUCAACGAGACCCUUGCUCAGAAGCAAAAUGAAAUGCUGCUGUUGUCCCGCUCCCCGUCUGUUGCAAGCAUGAAGGCAGUACCAGCGGCCAGUUGCCUGGGGGAUGACCAAGUCUCCAUGCUCAGUGGACAGAGCAGCUCCUCCUUGGGUGGCUGCCUGUUGCCUCAGAGCCAGGCAAGACUCAGCUCUGACAUGCAGUCUGUGCUGUCCUGCAACACCACACUGAGCUCGCCCCCUGAAUGUUCCAGGAGCAAAGUGAGGGGGACCAGCAAGCCCAUCUACAGCCUCUUUGCUGACAAUGUGGACCUAAAGGAACUUGGCCGGAAGGAAAAGGAGAUGCAGAUGGAGCUUAGGGAGAAGAUGUCUGAGUACAAAAUGGAAAAGCUGGCCUCAGACAACAAACGCAGCUCCCUCUUCAAGAAGAAGAAGGUCAAGGAAGAUGAGGAUGAUGGUAUGGGUGAUGGGGAUGAGGACACUGACAGCGCCAUAGGGAGCUUCCGGUAUUCUUCCCGCAGUAGUUCCCAGAAACCUGAAACAGACACAUCCUCCUCCCUGGCUGUCUGUGAUCACUACGCAAGUGGCAGCAGAGUUGGCAAAGAGAUGGAUAGCAGUAUUAAUAAGUGGCUCAGUGGCCUCAGGACAGAGGAAAAACCUCCUUUCCAAAGUGACUGGUCUGGAAGUUCCAGGGGGAAGUACACCAGAUCAUCCCUGCUCAGGGAGACAGAGUCUAAAUCCUCCAGUUACAAGUUUUCCAAAUCCCAGUCAGAGGAACAGGACACCUCCUCCUACCACGAGGCAAAUGGCAACUCUAUAAGAAGCACUUCACGGUUCUCGUCUUCCUCCACCAGGGAGGGCAGAGAGAUGCACAAGUUCUCCAGGUCCACGUACAGCGAGACCUCAAGUUCCCGAGAGGAGGGCAGCCCAGAGCCCUACUUCUUUCGCCGGACCCCAGAGCCCUCAGAAAGGGAAGAGUCCCCAGAGUCACAGCAACCAAAUUGGGCCAGGUCCAGAGACUGGGAAGAUGUGGAAGAGUCAUCCAAGUCAGACUUCUCUGAAUUUGGAGCCAAGAGGAAAUUCACCCAGAGCUUUAUGAGGUCUGAAGAAGAGGGAGAGAAAGAGAGGACGGAAAACAGAGAAGAAGGGAGGUUUGCAUCUGGACGGCAGUCCCAGUAUCGAAGAAGCACUGACAGAGAGGAAGAGGAAGAAAUGGACGAUGAAGCCAUCAUUGCUGCUUGGAGACGUCGGCAAGAAGAAACCAGGACCAAGCUGCAGAGAAGGAGGGAGGACUGAGCUGGGGAAAAGCUGAGAACACUGAAAUAAACCACUCACCUUAGUAUAGGGCUCAGGGCACACAUUGCCACCACCCAUCAGGGGAUGAGGAUACAGAGAGGAUCUUCCAGAGGGGCAGAGCCAGAAUGAGAGGUACCAAGCAUAAGGGCAGCAAAGGUGGAGUAGGGAGGAGGCAAGGACGGGGAGAACCAUCAAUAUGAGGUCCGAAUGCUGGACCAACUGACACCAUUUUCUGUUGCCCAGCACCCUCUAAGCUUUGGUGUUUCACUUAGUGUAUUUGAUAGUGUUCAUCACAGACUAGAGAGGUGAGCUUGGAAAAGCACUGUAGUUUGUCAGAGACUCCAGUUUACAUCCAGAAAGGCCAUGAACAUAGGACACGCUUCUGUCUGUAGAGGUUUCACAUGAAACCCAGAAAGUCUAUCCUAUGGCAAGUCUGACCUCUCCUGGCAAUGCUCAGUUCUGAUUUUUGUUUUUUUUUAAUGUUUUGAGUCUCCAAUAAAAAUGGUAUAUUGGCAAAUAGUUCUUUAUUCUGGUCAUAUU